AUGUGCUCGCAACACAUUUCCCCUGAUUUGGACCGCCUCUCGCUCUACGGUCCCCAGGAACAAGCUCUGAGCGCGGAUCAGAAUGUUGGCGCGAGCCGGAGCGGCGGAGCGAUCUCGGAAUGGCGUUUAGACUACACUCGGUCACGCGACACGAGAUCCAGGCCAAACGCUGCGCCCACACCCAUCUCUCAACCUUCGUCCCGCAUCCCAGCACAAGGCGGGAGCUUCUCAAGCCAGAUCGAGACAUCAUCGAGUAGGAAUGCGAGCGGGUCGAGGCAUUGGAACAAGUCGCACCCCAGCCUUCUGGCGUGCUCCCUCUCUAGCAACGAACCUCUCUCCUCUCUCUCUUCGCCAUCGGAGCCCGGCGCAAGCUUUGCAGCUAGCGGUCCUUCGGUUCCUACACAAAGCCUUUCAUCUGGCAUUGCUCGCCAGAGACCACCCUUGCAGGACCAAUCGGCUUUGCGCUCACCUACGAAGCACCCUACCGAGGAAGGCAGCAUGACCCAGCCUGGUAUGGAGCCGAGAUUGUCGCACACAAUGUCUCAUAAUUCGACCUCGGUGCUGAGCUUGGCGGUGGAUGAGCAGAGCGGACUGGUGUUUAGCGGGAGCCAGGCAGAGGACAUAUACGUGAGUGUGCGGCGAAUAGAAAUACGCCAGGUGAUGGAGGCACUCAUUGGCGAGCAUACUUCCGUCCUCAGGUCUGGGAUUUGGGUACUUUCCAAGAGAAGACGAGACUAGAGGGUCACACUGCAUCGGUGCUUGCGCUCGAGUUGUGUCCGGAAAAAUCUUGGCUCUUUUCUGCUUCGGGAGACAGCACUGUGCGGAUCUGGGACACGAAGACGCUCUCUCCCCUUUGCGUCAUACAUCCUGCUGAUGACCGGGUUGGAGAUAUUUUCGCUCGUGAGUGGGAGGCUCACGAAGAGUGGGCGGUGUAUCGCUCCCUACUCCUACUACUGACGAUGCGUACCUUGUGGCCAGUGAAAUGGUGCUCGGAGCUGCAGACCCUGUAUUUCGGUUGCCAGAACACUAGCCUUCAGGUGAGUGAAGCGAGGCUUUGCGAGCCGUGCGCACGAAGUCGCGACCUAGAGAUCUGAACAGAGCGACUUUUUUUUUUUUCCCCAAACGCAGUGGAUUGCCCUGACUUCGAUCACUUCUGCGAUCAGCCAAGACGAAGUGCGAGCAGUGCCCAUAGUGCGACCGCACAAGUUCUUUGAUUCCGGACCGCACGCGGGAAGUCAAACACGUCUGAGCACGAGCUUGAGUCGAAGUGCCAGCGGAAGGUCUACUCCUGCCGCAGGCUGGCCCAGAGGCAGUGCAAGGGGAGCAGGCUUUUCCACACCACCACUGGACUACUCGCCUGUGCUUCCUAGUGUAAGAACGCCAGGUGAUCGUGCAGGCGUAUCCUUGCCUUUUCAAGUCGGCGAUGCGGAAGAUGGCUUCAACUGUGCUCCUGAUUCGCCUACGCAAACGCCUUUGCCUGGCCUGGAAGAGAGUGAUAAAGUGAGGAGGUUGCAAGUACAGCAGCGACAUAUGGUCUCUUCAGCGCACAGCGGAUACAUUUACGCCCUCGACUUGCUUGAGAAACCGGAUCGACACCUUGACGGAGGAGGUCAGCGAAGGGGAGGGUCCAAACAGAUGCUUGUCAGUGGUUCUGGAGAUGAGGACAUCAAGCUUUGGUCGUGUACGCCAGAGGGUCUGACUCAAGAGGCAGUACUACAUCAUAGUGACAAUGGAGUCUUGGCAUUGGCGUCGUGGGGCAGCUGCACGCUUUUCGCUGGCCUGCAAGGAGGCGACGUGGAGGUGUGGGAUGUCGAGACCGGGCGCGUCGUUCGGACAUUGCACGCUCACGACGACGAUGUGCUGGCUCUAGUCACAGCCGGCAGCAUCGCAGACGAAGAUUCUUGCAUCCUCUACUCGGCCAGCGCUGACGGUCGAAUUCGAAGAUGGGACGCUAGCUUCAAGUGCACCGCCGACUGGGUUGCCCACAACGGCAUUGUGCUCUCGAUCGCUUCCUUGCCGCAGGCUGUUGGUAAUCAGGGGAACAUAGUCUUGACGGGCGCUUCCGACGAUCGGAUCAAGGUCUGGGACUUGCUCCUUAGCGCUGGCACUUUGGAAAAGCAUUCCCGGCCAACGGCAGGACCUUCUUCUCUUGGCACCGCAGAUCCCAUGAUUGGCGCCCUCGCCCAAUUCGUCGCGUUCAAAUCGGUCUCUGCCAACGAGAAUCUGCGGGAAGAUUGUCGCCAGUGCGCGCACUGGCUGAAGAAUCACCUCACCGAUUUAGGAGCGGAGACGGCUUUGCUGCCGGGCGCUGAAGGCCACAAUCCGCUCGUGCUGGCAACGUUCAGGGCCAACAAAUCUAGACUUGCUCCACGCAAGCGAGUCGUUGCCUAUGCUCAUUACGAUGUCAUUACUCCUGGUCCGUGCGAAAGCUGGUCGAAUAGUCCUUGGUCGCUGACGGGCAGAGACGGAUAUCUCCAUGCCAGAGGAGUCAGCGACAAUAAGGGUCCUUGUUUAGCUAUCGCAUACGCCGCUGCAGAAUUGGCAAAAGAAGGCACGCUUGGCGCAGACGUUACUCUGGUCGUCGAGGGCGAGGAAGAAGCUGGAGGUUGUGGCUUUACGGAGGCGAUCAGAGCAGCCAAAGAACAGAUCGGCCCGGUGGUGAGUCUCAAGAUCGACACGUGCCGACCAUGUCAGUCAUUGCUAAAAGAUUCGUCUUGUCCUGUGCGCAGGACGUCAUUCUUCUCUCGAAUUCCUACUGGCUGGGGGAAGACACGCCUUGCCUCACCGUCGGCUUGCGCGGCGUCGUACAGGCUGAUCUCGAAGUCAGGAGCGACUUUCAGGAUCGUCAUUCUGGAGUAGACGGCGGCGCAGUGCGGGAGCCGAUGAUCGACGUGAGUCUUCGAAUUUUUCGUUGGCCGCCACCUUGUCACCACAGCUGAGCGUCGCGCUGCUCGAACUCCCGCACUGGGCAGAUGAUCAAACUCUUGGCAAGUUUGACAGAGGGCGAGCGUGUCUUGUUGCCCACUUUCUACGACUCUGUGCGGCCAAUAACGCCAGCGGAACGGGCGAUGUAUGCGCAGAUUGCGCAGAUGAAGCAUAGUCGAGCCAGCGGCCAGACAGUAGAGGCUUUGAUGGCUCGAUGGAGGCUACCUAGUCUUUCCGUGCACCGCAUCUCGGUCAGCUCUGGUUCUGGUAGUGGAAAUGCUACCGUAAUUCCCAGCACCGUGACCGCUGCUGUCAGUCUUCGACUGGUGCCGGAUCAGGAUCUGGAUGUGAUCACGGACACUCUGAUAGCGCAUGUGAGCGCGCAUUUCGGAAAGCUUGCCAGUCCCAAUCGUAUCGGCGUGAGUUGAGCCCGCUUUGAGAUGUGCGCAACGAUCGUGAAUUCAGUGUGGCCCCCUGCUGACAUAAUUGCCCGUACCUUUAUCGCGCCCAAAAUUUGUUGACGCGGUCAGGUCUACAUCAAGCAUCGCGCAGAUUGGUGGCUAGGCGAAGACAGCGCCUACUCCACCGCUUUGGCCUUAGCCGUGCAGUCCGAAUGGGGACAAGCGCCGGUGUCGAUACGGGAAGGAGGAUCCAUUCCAAGUCUGGCCAUACUGGAAAAAGAGCUAGAAGCUCCAGCGGUCCAUCUACCCAUGGGACAAGCUUCAGACAGAGCUCAUCUGGCUGAUGAGAGGCUACGACUUGUCAACUUGCUCAAGGGCAAAUCGGUCGUCAAGCGCUGGCUCGCAUCUUCAGCCAUUUCUAACGCGUCUCAGAGAUGA